GGUGAGGAGCAGCAGCUCCACGGGACAGACCUCCAACAGCAUCAUGACUGUAAGGAGGAGGAUCAGACGCUUWGUGACCCGGAGAGGAGCUGCGGUCUGGACCAGGAGGAACCAGAACCUCCACAGGAGAAACCAGAGCCUUCACUGAUGAAAGAGGAAGAGGAGGAUCUCUGCAUCAGUCAGGCUGAAGACCAGCAGGUUCUGAAGAUGGAGGCUGAGACCUUCAUGGUGACUGUUGACUUUGAGGAAAGAGACCAGUGGGAACCAGAACCAAACAGGGKCCAAAUCCUUACCCAGAACUUUCCUGYGCCUGAGAACCAGGACCAGGAAGAUGCAGGYCCGUCUGGAGUCAGAGAACUUCCUGUUUCAGAAAAUCAAACAGAUGAAAAACCAGUAAAAUGUGACAUUUGUGGGAAAGGCUUUAAGCGGAAUCAUCAGAUGAGAGACCAUAGAAGAGUCCACACUGGUGAGAAACCCUUUCCCUGUAAGUUCUGUGGUAAAUGCUUCAAAAGAAGCGACGAGUUAUUGAGCCACGUUCGAAUCCACACAGGUGAGAAGCCCUUCACAUGUAAGAUAUGUGGGAAAAGUUUCACCCAGGGUGGUCAGUUAGCGUACCACGUCAAGAUCCACACGGGUGAGAAGCCCUACCCAUGUCAAACCUGUGGGAAAUGCUUUGGCCGACGUGGUCAGUUAGCGUGCCACAUUAAGAUCCACACAGGUGAGAAGCCCUAUGAGUGUCAAACCUGCGGCAAGUGUUUCGCUGAGAAGUAUAUCUUGGUUGCACACAUGAGGACUCACACAGGUGAGAAGCCUUUUUCCUGUCCAGUGUGUAGCAAACGAUUCACGCAGAGAAGCAACCUGACUGCACACGUGAAAAGACACCGGUGAGAAGUCCCCGUGCAGCGACAGCUGAAAUAAAGCUCCAGUUUAGCAGCUGUGCAGUCGCUGUGUUGUUUCUGUUUGAUGUGGGCUGCAGGGGGAGGGGCUAACACAAGAGCUGAAGAGAAAUCGGUUCCAAAGCUGUUUUGUAUGAUAUGAGAUUAAGAUUUAAACUGUAAAUCAGUAAUGAUCUUCUUUGUAUUUUUUAUAUAAUUUUUUUAUUUUAAUCUAAGAAAUAGAUCGUUAGAUUUUUUCCUGUUUUGCUAAUGAGACAUUCAGCUGAAUCUGGUUCUUUAUGGGUGAAAAGCUUCUUUGUUUCCUGAAUAAAUCAACUCUUUUUCAGAUAAAGCUUGAUUAUUGUGAAUGUUUUGUUUUAUGAACAUUAUUUCUGAUUGAAAUAAAAAUACAGAAGAAAAUAAACAUCUUUG